CAAACCCCGCAAGAAACCGCAUGGGUCCGCACGGGUCCGCGCCAAACCGUGACACGCACGGCCUUGAGCGGCUUCAUGCAAUCCGUGCGGGAGUGUUACGGUGUGCUGGCACGGCGUCUUGCGGCGCCCGUGCGAGAGUGUUACGACGUCUUCAUACAUGAUUCAUAAAUCUUGCGGGGCCUGCGGGGUGCGUGCGAUGUCCGUGCGGCGCCUUCCUAGGGGACUGUUGGGAACGUUGUCGAGUGCCGCCUGGGGAGGGAGGCGUAUAAAAGGGUGCUGACAGGCAUCGGUGCAUCAUUCGCGCUCUGACAGCCAGACGACACACUUUACCAGCCAUUUUCGCUCCACUUUACCACCCAGAUGCCUCGUAGGCGGACCACCCCUAUGCCCACUCAGGGGCCCCAGGCAAGCCAGGAUUCCCAGGACACCCAGCCUGCAGAACCGGAGGAGAGGUCUGAACCCGCGGAAGAGCUGCUCCCUGAGGUCAGCCUAUCCAACAUCGAGCAUCAGGACAUCGCAGGCCUGAGUGAUACCGUGCAGCCCAAGAAACGAUACCGCCUCAGUAAGAAGGAAAUAUCAGACUACAAGUUUACGCAAGAGCAGAAGGAGCAGAUCGCCGAAUUCGUCAAGGAACACCCUACUUUAUACGACAAGCGGGACAAGCAAUGGUCGAAUCCAAGGGCGAAGGAGGAACUUUGGAGGGAACUGGCACGGGAAUUCGAAAACUGUACCUUUCAUCAAAUACGCAAAUAUUUCGAGGCACGGCGAACCGACUUCGGAAAAAUAGAGACGAAGGAGAACAAGAGCGGGGCGGCAGCACGACAACGAACAACACGGGAGGAAGAAGUAAUGUCAAUGUGGGGAUUCCUGGGCGGUCACAUCAGCCACGAACCAACAAUACCAAGCGAGCGGUUCUCACCUGCACCUGACGGCGCCACACCAACAAUGGAAAUAGGCGGAGAAUCAUCCAGUGGUGACAUGUCGGGCCUCUCUGUAACUUCGAUUCAGCGGAGGAAGCGACUGCUGAAGCAGAGGAGGACCGAGAGAGGGGAGCGACGUGUUGGCACACCUGAUUCGGCUGAAGAAGCAGUCCACUCGCAACUCAGCAGAAUUAUGGAUCGAAUGAACCAACUGAUCCCUGAAGGGCAAAGCAAGAAGCAGCGUACCAUCAACGUCUUCGUCCAAUACAUCAAGGAACACCUCGAGUUCGUGCCAGAAGAAUACCAGCAGCCCUUCUUCAACACAGCCAUCACUACGAUUCACAAAUUGGCGGGCCCCAAAGAAGAAAAUGAUACGGAGAAAGCAGCUUUGGCUCGGGGGAUGCCCAUAAACUUGCCGCAAAAUCAAACACCCAAAGGGACGCAGACGGAACCAGUGACUUUAGCUCCCCAACCGAUUCCUACACCAUCACAACAGCAGCAGUGGAUCUCACAUCACCGCCUGCCACAACAAAUGUACUACCCAUACAUCCCUCAACAACACCACCCACAGCAGCAGCAGGGUUAUACACAGCCGACGCCAUCCUUCAUCAAUGGGCGGUCCACACCAGUCAAUCCCUGCAACUCAUCAACUGGGCUGUCACCACUUGUGCAUACCCUCACCAACAUGUUGGAGAUGCCUGCUACCCCUGAGGGGCCACCACCUACCCCUGGCGCAAGUCUGGAUACACCAAAGACAACUGCCUCAUAA